GUCGCGAUUCCUCUGCGUCGACCGCAACGAGCGCAGGCCCUGUCGGCCAAUCUCAUCGGACUGUCGAUAGAGAUGGAUCGAUGGGACACUUGGGCGGGACCCGAGGUAGGCAAGCCUAACGUCUACGUCAAGCAGAUGCUGCGCAACCUCGGCGACAAGGUCGGCUCGCCGCCCUGUAUCCGAGUCGGGGCCAACAGUCAAGAUCACGGUAUCAUCAAUCCAGACGUCCCCGUCAUCGACGCCGACUUUGGUCCGAUCAGCGACCUCGUCCCAUUCCCCGAAGCCAAGACGGUCUAUAUCGGGCGAGACUUUUACGCCUUGUCAGGGAACUUCGCCGAGGGGACCAAAUUGCAAUGGGAUAUCUGGGGUAUCAACCUUAAAUCCAACGACAUCGAAGAGACGGCGAGACAAGCGUCUCUUCUCGCCGAGACGUUCGAGCCGGCUCGAAAUCGACUCCUAUCGAAAGUGGAGCUGGAGUACGUCCAGAUCGGGAACGAGCCCGACUUUUUCUACCCGAACCCGAGGGCCUUUAUCGAACAGUGGCACCUAGCGGCAACCCGUAUCAAAGACAUCCUCCGUUUCGGACAACCAGGCGCUCCUAAACUCCAAGCUCCUUCUCUGGCGGGGAUCAAGCCGUGCGAAUGGUCCCUGGAUGCCAUCUUCGAUCAAGGAUUGUUGGAGGAUGACGGAUCGCUGAUCAGCGAUAUCAGCGUGCACCAUUACUUUGCAAGUCCCCGAGGAGCUCGGACGGGCAGACCUACCUCCCAACCGAACAAGGGCGACCUCAUGAACAAGCUGACCAUCCGGUUGCUCAUGUCGCGCUUCCAUCGAGACAUCGCUCGAGCUGCUGAAGAAGGACUGACCAUCAUGCUGGGGGAGACCAACACGUACGGUCUACACGGAGUGCCCGGUGUCAGUAACACCGCAGAAGCCGCCAUCUGGAUGGUGGACUACGCCCUGCACUGCGCUUCGAUCGGGUUGAGACGAUUGCAUUUUCAUCACGGCGUCGGUUUCGAUUACAACCUCAUCCAACCGAUAUCUGGGAUCAAUGACGGGACGGGAAAAGCAGACAGACCGCACGUCCUGCCAUCAUACUAUGGCGCCAUCGUCGUCAACGAGGCGAUCGGCUCGACUGGACCGACGAGCAUCUCCGAGGUGUAUUGCAACCGUCCGACCCUCUCUGCCUAUGCCAUCUGGGACGAUCAAGACGAGAUGAUCCGGUUGGUUGUGAUCAACUCGGCGGUGUACCUCAAAGACUCUGAAGGCCCACGACCUCACGAGCCGAUCCACCUGGCCGGGAUAGGCGAGCGGCGACCUAUCGUCAAGCGUCUCUCGACCCCCUUUACGGACGCGAGCACCGGCAUCACCUGGGCCGGCGGACACUAUGAAGAUCCGUCUGGCGAGUUUACCAUCGAUAUAGACUCGCGCGAUCGAAAGCAAGAAAUGUUGACAGAUGACUGGCUCUCCCUGCCUGCGUCCGAGGUCGCCAUUUUGUACUUUUGA